AUGGUUCUUCAUCAGGUUCAGGGGCAUCCAUUGUUCUCCCUUGAAUUUUACCUGCCGUUUCGAGCCUGGCGGAAAACCAAACGUCUUCUCAGAGAUGAAAGAAUCAAGAUAUCGGACCAAGAAUCUCUCCGAUCAUCAAUGAAUGUCACACACUUGAUGCCUCCAGGAGGUGGUGACGAGGCGAAUCAGGUUCACGGUAUCUACGGAGGUCAUAUUGCUUGUUUGGUCAGCGGGCAUGAUUAUUGGCAAUGGACAGCAUACUUCUCUAUCGACACGUGGUUCGAUGAAGAUGAAGGCAUAAAUGACCAAGUGACACGUUAUGAUAAUGACAUGGAAGAUGAAAGCGGAUGCGACUUUGAGCCGGAUCCUUGUAGCGGUGGACAAGACGACGCCAGAAAGCCAUACUGGAACCCACGAGUUUGGUUUCUCCGCAUAUUUGGCAUUCGACUAGAUCAAAUCAAAGACGAAUGGGAAUGUAUAUUCCUUCACUUAGGAAAUAGUAUGGAGCGACAGGAUCGGGAGCAUAAGAUGCUCCUCCGUGAAGAACGACUAUCACCUGGACUUACUAGUACUGAGCGGCAUGGAUCUAGGGUCAAUUCCCUGAAGACCUUGAUGCUAGAGUCUAGAGAUAUUCUGCAAGAUCUCCUGAGCGUCGUCCGGGAAACGGUGAAGAUCGGGGCAUCUUUCCUGUCAACGGAAGUGAACUUCUUUCUUCAAGUCGACGGACAGGCCGGAGACACGUCGGAGUGCUACCCUUAUCUUAGGGACAUCAGGCGGAUAUUCAAUGAGCUAGAUCAGCUCAGCUUUCGACUAGAAAGCUAUCAGGAGAAAUGCAACUCCGUGAUACAAUGCUGUGAAGCACUCAAGAAUAAUAAUCCCCUAAGAAUAUUCUCACCAAUCUCAGACGAGCGAUCUGCUGUCAGCUCUCUUACGCAGGCUUUCUCGCAAACUACUGCACUUUUUAGCGCAGAGGGCGUUAUCGCCUUCACAAAGAACUGGCAAUCAUUUCUAAUAUCACUUCUCGUAGCGUAUGGCAUUAACUUUUCGAUCGGAACCGCCUUUCUUAUUUGGAUUCGAAGGGCGCGCCGAAGAUUGCAAGAUGCAUGUGCCUCGAAGUCAGAGCCGUUGCUGCCUGUCGUGCAGCCUACGCAGAAUCUCGACGCUGCCUCCGCUAUCACGUUGAGAUCAAGAAGUGACCCUGUGACUCAAGGCAUUUCCACACACAUUGCUUCGAUAAGAUUCAAUGAGGGUGGCAUCACAGUCCACAACCGGCGUCGAUUCUCAGACAGAUUCUGGUCAAGCUAUAGGCAGCCGGAGAGGAUGGAUGAUAUUGAACUCGGAAAUAGGAACGCUUCAACUGUUGAGGAAUUGACAUGA